UUGUACUGUAACAUAUAGGUGUUAGCCAAAGGCUUUGUGGAUGUAGAACGGCCGGAAGAAAACAACAACAACGAAGCCAAUCAAUUAACAAAACCGAAUCAACAAUUAUACCCCAAGUGCAAACACGGUCUGGCAUUAGUAUUGCAAGUACUUUCCAACGCUUCACAUUGCGCGGUGGCAGCUGUAACGGCAGGAUUUAUUUAAGUUUUUAAAAGAAGAACAUACAUUUCCAGGAUUCAAAAUGGAACGCUGGCGUGGAAAAGUUGCUGUUGUUACCGGUGCCAGUGCUGGCAUUGGUUGGGCCAUUUGUAAGGAACUUUUAAAGGCAGACAUGAUUGUCAUUGGUCUAGCUCGACGUUUAAAGGUCAUGGAAGAACUCAAGUCGCAGUUACCGCCCAAUCAAAAGGACCGUUUCUUUCCCCGCGAAUGCGAUCUAACAUCUUUGCCAUCAUUGCGUACCGCCUUCCAUUGGCUGGAACAACGUUUUGCUCAGCGAAUGCACGUCCUGAUCAAUAAUGCUGGCAUGUGUGAGUUCUCGAAGCUCUUAGAUACCGGCAAUGAUGAGUCCAUUAAACGGGUCAUUGAUGUUAAUCUAAUGGGAGCUGUUUACUGUACAAAGGAGGCAUAUCGUCUGAUGAAAAAAGCCAUGGAAUUUGGCGAAGAAUGUCAUGUGAUACAAGUUAAUAGCCUGUUGGGGCAUGUUGUACCCCAGCACAUACCCGGAUGUGGCUUUAAUUUAUAUCCAGUUGCAAAACAUGCCUUGAGGGCAACCAAUGAGAUUUUACGUAGGGAAAUGGCUGAUGACAAGUUAUUGCGUUUAUCGACAAUUAGUCCCGGCUUAACAGAAACCGAUUUUGGUAAAAAGGAUCCCGUAUCGGAAAAUGUAGACAGCUUUCCAAGUUUUACUGAACCCUUGAAACCUGAAGAUGUAGCAAAUGGAGUCACAUUUAUUUUGGGCUCACCACUUCAUGUAACCAUAGCAGAACUUUUGAUGGUACCCACCACCGAAAGGUAUUAAUUUAAUGUAAUUAAAUUGUAUAAAUGUUAUUUAAAUAAAAUAAUAAUUUGGAAAAAUG